GAAGCGGGGCGUAGGGCCGGGCCGGGCUGGGCUCCCACGGGCUUCUGGGCUCCGCCGCCGGCGGCGCCCUGCAUGGAGCGCGGCGGCGGCAGCGGCAGCAGCAGCAGCAGCAGAGGCAGCCAGCUGGACCCCGGCUUCUCGCAGCAGGACACACCCCGCCUCAUCGUGGAGGACUCGCAGCCCCAGGGCGCGGGCGCGGAGGCGGGCGCGGAGCAGGCCUGGUUCGGCGUGCUGGCCCGCCGGCUGCCGGCCCGGCGGAGCCCGAGCCCCGUGCUGGAGAUCGUCUGCGAUCCGAUCGGCAGCCGGGCGCCCAGGGGCGGCGGGGCGGACCGGGAGCGACCCUCAGGUAAGGGCGGGGCGCGGGGGUGCGGCGGGCCCGGGGGCCGCGGCGGCGCUGACGGCGCUCUGCUUGCAGAACCCAUGGAGAGCCCGGCCCGCCUGGGCGCUGCUGGCCCGCGGGGCCGCGUCGCGGAGGAGGCUCCAUCGCCCGGCGGGGAGAGCAGUGUCCUUGGAAAGGCCGGGGAACGAGGUGAAGGUGAUGUUGAGGACUGUGCCGCUUCGCCCUGUGCAGAAGAUACAGGCACGUCACAGCUGCAGUUUGGAGCUCUGGAGCUCUCACAGAGCCAGGACUUUGAGAGCAACUUUGUGCCUAAUGAAGGAGAUGUUAGGCAUCAGCUUCACCCUGGAGCUGCAGUCCUUUCUUCCAGACUUGUGGAGAAUGAGUCUAAAGAUGAACUGCAUAGGGACAGCAUGGAAACUAUCUCCAGCACAGAAGCACAUACUGCUUUGAAAAGCCAGACAGAGAAGUCUGAAAGAACUCUUCAGGAAGCAGAAGAGGAUAUCAGGAAGAAAACACCUCUCAGUGACCCCAAUAGAACUGAGAAAUCCCUUAAUUCUGGUCAUGAGGAGUCAGAUAUUUUGUCAACUCAGGAAGAGAUGUUUCCUGAGAAUAAUGCAGCAGGGAGUGGCUGUCCAAUAACCGGGGUGGAAGAGGGAAGUUCUCUGGUGUGUACCCCUGCCCGCAGUCUGCAAGUCCUGCAGCUCUCUGGACAGGCAGUCCUUGUACAGGAGGGUCAUUCCAUUUUCUCUUCAGGCCUAGUUAUGCCGCCUCCUGUUGCUUUUGGACCCAGUGCUCUUGUCCCCAGCAGUCCUACUGAACAAGAGCAAGGAAAAGAUGAACAGAUGGAUAUAUCUGUCCCUGCAGAAGGAAGAGAACUGAUGCAAAGGCAGAGAGGAGAUAGGCUGGUGGAGAUGGCCAUCCCAUGUAUCCCUCCAAGACCACUUGUCCAGCCACAGGCUUCAACUCCAGUGUCCCAGAGCGCACCAGCCUUCUUUCCUGAGUCUGGAUCUGUGCCUAUACCAUCACAACCAGAGUUUUCUCAUGAUAUCUUUGUUCCAACUCAGAGCCCAGAGAAGAAGCAUGAAGGAGAAGAAAAAACUGCUGCUUUAACCCCUUUAUGCUUACCAGGAGAUCUCUCUGGAUCCACAGGUGCUUUGUCAAAGAUAUCUACAGGUGACUCUGCAUCAAAACCUUCUGAGUCCUGUAAGCUGAUGCUUUCUGCAAGUGUAUGUAGCCAGCCCACGAAUACAGACAUCAGUUCAGGUUCUCUGAACACAGGCCAAGACAGUGAAACCACACAGGUAGAGAGGAUUUCGGAAUUCAAGGCCUCAGACUUAAGACUCUGUUCUGUGGAGAAUAACAAAAUAAAACUGAAAGUGAAUGCAGGUGAUCAAGCACUCUCUGAAAACUGUGAAAAAGCCAAAACGGAGGACGUAGGGGCUGCAGGAGUGCCUGUAGGGCAGUUUGUUAGUGGAGGUGUUGCAGGAGAUGGGUCAUUAGCCCCUGCAGCUCAUCGGGAGAUCGAGUGUGUUUCUGGAAAUCAGGCUGCUGCAGAUCAGUCUGGUCUGCCUGAGAUUUUGUCAGAUGCUCAGGGUAGAGAAGUACAGUCUGAGGUUUUUCCAUUGGAAGAGACUUAUGAACCUGAGGCAGUUCCUGAGACGCAAUGUGAAGAACAAGAAGAAAAAAUGCAAGUAAAGGAGAAACAAGUAAAUGAAGAUGGGUCUCUUGUUAAUAUGACACUUUCUCAGAGGUUUAUUCUUGAAAGGCAAGGACAAUGUCAUGAAGAUAUGGAAGUGGAAUUUGCUGAUGAUUCUUGUAAAAAGAGAAAAAAAUUGUUUGAUCAGGCCCAGGGCUUGGAAGAGAUUGGACCAGAAAGUCAGGGAAAAAAAUCUUCGAAAGGUUGUACUUUUGACACUGGCGAGGCAAAGAACCUGGAUAAACUGUCCUCUAAGGCUGUUGCAGAAAACAUACCAAAGCUCAAUAAAGUUUUAGCUGAGCCUUCUGUAGGAGAGUUACUGGAGCAACACAACAAUUUGUGUCCUAAGAUAAAGAGUGAUGUUCAGUCGGAAGUGGCGUUGUGUGCCAAAAAACAUCCAGGCUGUUCAGAAUUGGGACAGAUAAUGAUAAUAAGCAAACAGCCACCACUUCAAGAGAGAGGGAUUGAAACACAGGUGGUUCAGCACGAGAAUCAGGUGCCAAAGAGUAAGGAGGAUACUGUUAUGAUGAGGAAUCUGGAGCAAGAAGAGCAGAUGCAGCCAGAGAAGAAGAAAACUGCUAAAUCUCCCAGUCCUUCCAGUGGAACCACAUUUCAUCUUAAUUUGCCGAAGGAGGGUGACAUCAUUCAGCCCUUGACCAGCAUAACACCACCUCUUACUGGCCACCUUAAAAUGGGACCCAGAAGACACAGCACACCAAUUGUGGAUGGUAGUUGCCCAGACAGCACUAUAGCAACCAGUGAUGUUACAGCAGAGAGCACAAUGGGGACCGACAAUGUCACUGUGGAAAGUGCAGUGGUAUCAGCAGAUGUGUCAGAAGUGUGUGAGACGGGAGAGUUGGGUGCGGUUCCUGAGUCGGAUGCAAAACUUUCUCUGCGAAUGAACCUUGUUACCCCUGUGAACGACGGGAGCGAGGAGUCCUUGCCAUUCAGUUUGGAAAAGCCCAUAGCCAGUGACAGGAAAGAUGGAUCCUCUGCUGCUGCUAGGACUGCUGCCAGCUCCCAGAAAGCAUCAUCUGUGUUUAGUCGUGUCUGUGAAGUUCGUCGGGAGGAUGAGGCCAGAGGUCAUGGUCUUUCCACCUCUCCAUAUAGGGGAAAUCUGUUCAUGUUUCCUGGCACAGAAGAAGAUGCUGAAUUACAUACAAAUCCCCAUGAUUGGCAGUACCAGCAACACAAGGCAGAUGACAGUGGUGGACAGAUCCUAAUUCCUCAGAGGACGCAGCAGGACUGCUGUCAACAAUCUUCUGGUGCAGAGGAUGGAGAGUCUGUGGAGACUGAUGUCAUGAGCACUCAGGCAGAAGAAGGGAGAAGAAUGCAGAGGAAACAAAGUAAGGCUGUUAAAACUGAUCAAAGUCAAGAGAGGUGGCAAAACACCAAGAAUAAAGGGAUCCAGACUACAGCAGACUGUCUUUUUAACCUAACAACUGUUACAACUUCAACACAAACAUCAGAUGAAAUCUCUAAACAGGUGGAAAUGGGAACCAGUAUGUCUGGGCAGAGGCCUGGGCGACGAGAUGUGAAUGUCCAAACUGACAAGAGUGGGGAAAAGCUUGUGAACGCCUCUGGAGACAACACGGACCCUUUGCACAGUCAGGGAGAGGAGGAGUUUAACCUUCUUCACCCACCCAAGGGUCAGGUUCACCGUCGCCACGUGCGAACCAUUCGAGAAGUGCGUACCGUGGUCACACGUGUUAUAACAGAUGUUUACUACAUCAAUGGUGCAGAGGUGGAACGAAAAAUCGUUGAGGAAACUGAGGAGCCUGUAGUGGAGUGCCAGGAAUGUGAGACUGAUGUAUCCUCCUCCUGUAGAACUGCAGUGGGCUCAUCACUGACCUCAGGGGAUCUUGGUGAUGUCAGUUCCUUCUCAUCUAAGGCCUCAAGUCUCCACCAAACAUCCAGUGGAGCAAGCAGUGGUCACUCUGCCACACACGGCAGCAGCAGCUUAGGACGAGGAACUGGAACUGUCAAAGGGAAAGCGUGUGGGACAGAAACUGGAGAAUUUGCUUUACCCACUGGCAGAGGCAUCUUAGGAAAAUUAAGCCCUAGGAAAGGAGCUGGGCAGCCUGCAUCUCCACUCAGAGUUAGCCAGAUGGGAGCACCGCCUUGUGAGGAAGAGGAGGACUCUAUGACUGGCAGUCGUCAGUGUGGCAGGGCACCCGUGACACCUCGUGGACGAGGAAGAAGAGGCCGCCCACCAUCUCGAACAACAGGAACAAGAGAUUUAGCUGGACUGCCAGGUGUGGAGGAUGUUUCAACUAUGGCAUCACCUGAGAAGAAAUCACUUACGCAUUCAGUUCGCCUGCCAGGUGGAGGGGAGAAAUCUGACACUUCUGGCUUCUGUGCAUUACGUCGAAGUGACUCUCCAGAAAUCCCAUUACAAGCGAUGACUGGUCCUUUGGACUGUGCAGACUCAUCCUCUGAGAGCAGCUUUGUGGGCCUCAGGGUUGUAGCGAAGUGGUCCUCAAAUGGGUACUUUUAUUCUGGGAGGAUUACCCAAGAUGUUGGGGCUGGAAAGUACAAGCUACUCUUUGAUGAUGGACAUGAAUGUGAUGUGCUAGGAAAAGAUAUUUUACUCUGUGAUCCUAUUCCACGGGAGACAGAGGUGACUGCACUCUCCGAGGAUGAGUACUUCAGUGCAGGUGUAGUGAAGCAACACCGGAAGGUGUCCGGAGAGCUAUACUACUGCAUUGAAAAGGAAGGCCAGAGGAAGUGGUACAAACGAAGGGCUGUUAUCCUGUCUCUGGAACAAGGAAAUAAGCUCCGUGAGCAAUUUGGGCUAGGUCCUUAUGAACCAGUCACCCCUCUGACCAAAGCAGCUGACAUCAGUCUUGAUAAUCUGGUGGAGGGGAAGAGGAAGAGACGUAGUAACUUUGGUUCUCCCAGCACUUCCAGCAGCAGCACAACUCCCACUCGUAAAGGGCAGGAGAGUCCACGCAUCCCACCGGGCACACUGUCUGGGAAAAGGAAACUAGUUGCAUCUGAAGAUGAGCGAUCCCCAGCUAAACGUGGCCGCAAGUCAGCAACAAUAAAGCCUGGGGCUAUGAGAGCUGGAGAGUUUGUAAGCACCUGUGAAGGUGUAGAUGCUGUAGGUCCCCCAGUACUGGAGGACCAUCACGGACCCUUGCCCCUCGAUAAGACCCUCUUUUUAGGCUAUGCCUUUCUUCUCACCAUGGCAACACCAAGUGACAAAUUGGUCGGUCACCAGAAGCUAUCAGAUGGUCCCACAGGGAGCAGCGAGGAGGAAGAAGAAUUUUUAGACAUGACUCCAUACGACAAACAUUACAUAGCACAACAGCUGCAAGCGGGAGCUGGCUAUAUCCUGGAAGACUUCAAUGAAACCCAGUGUAAUGCAGCAUAUCAGUGUCUUUUAAUUGCGGACCAGCACUGUCGAACUCGGAAAUACUUGCUGUGCCUUGCCAGCGGGAUCCCUUGUGUCUCUCAUAUCUGGGUCCAUGAUAGCUGUCAUGCUAAUGAGCUUCAGAAUUAUCGGAAUUACCUUUUACCAGCUGGAUAUAGCCUCCAGGAGCAAAAAUUGGUAGAAUGGCAGCCACGAGAAAACCUGUUUCAUGACCUAAAGGUUCUCCUGGUGUCAGACCAGCAACAGAGCUUCCUGGAUCUGUGGUCUGAAAUUCUCAUGACAGGGGGAGCAGCAUCUGUUAAACAGCAUUACUCAAAUGCUCACAACAAAGUGACUAUAUAGCUAUUAACAUGCCUUGGUGGAGACUGGCACUACCUAAGUAGAGAUAUAGACUCAAGAACCUUGGACAACUAAACUGCUGGAAGACUUGAGGUUCAAAGAUCAUGUAAGUGCUGUGUAUCUUUAAGUGGUAAUGGGAUAAAUCAUCUGCUUCUGAGCUUCUGCAUUCACAACCAGGCACUUCAUCUUAGUGCUCAGCUGGCAUAAAGGCAAAAGCUCUUCACUCUAACAGUGCUAUAGGCUGAAGGUGCACCCAGGCCUCCAUCCAGCCAUGUUCAGUCUUUAGUCCCCUGCUUCAGAAGUAUAAAGUUUUUCUUAAUGUGUAUUUUUUCGUCUAUCAUUUCCUAGCUCAGACACCUGAAUGUGUUGCUCUGUAAAUCCCACAUCCAAACUUCAACACGCUUUCUAGCUUUUUCCAUGGUCACAGGAUUUUAAACUUUGCAUUAGCUACAGUCCUACCACAAACAGCUGUAGUGCAUGGAAGGUGCCAGGUCUUAUACUUGCUGGCUGUUGUUCCUGUGUCUUUCUGACUGAGCAGAGAGGAUUCCCCCCCCCCCCCAAGGACACGAAACUUUAGUGUAGAGCUGCAGCUGUGUGCAAAUACAAACCCUUUGAAGAGAAGGCUGGUUUCCUGGCAGCCUUUGUGUUCAAAUUGGGAACCUGAUAUAACACCCCAGUGAUGGACUGGAGGGCUCUCUUCUGCCAGUCAUUCAAAUGGACUUGCAGCAAGAUAGUCUGUUUGUUGUAGCAAGGCUACAAAAUCUUAGUAACAGGCAAGAUACUGCUUUUCACUGACAGAGAAUAGCUAUGGCACUCUGUUCCCUUUGCACUAGGGGGCAGAUAUUGACAAUAUUCCAUACAGUUGCAUGACAAAAUGGUUUUAUUUCGAUACAGUAGGGUAGUCACUAGUAGCACUCUAACUAGUCUGGAAUGAAAACAGCCCAGGCGGAGCAGACAGAUACCCCAGGGAAAGGUCUGAUGAGGUUCAUUGCGAGUGCACUUUUCUGCCGGCACAGGGUGCUUGGUACUCGAAUAAGGCAAAGCUCCUGCUUUGUCUAGGCACACGUAGUAUCAGCACACAAAAUGUAUUAAAUUGUAUAGAGAAAGCAUGUGUCUUAACACUGGUGUCUCUUUCACCUGCACAGAUAUGCUAGAAUAGUGCACUGCAGGAGAAGAGAUUCUUGAAAUCUAUUUCUUCUUCCCUCCCCUUUCACCUCAACUGAAAAGUGCUAUUGCUUGUUUCAUUUACCAGGUAGUAUGUAUUUGAUCAGCAGACAUUGUGUAUUGUAAAUCGGUUUACUGCACAAGUGGAACUUCUGAAUACAGCUAAAACUUCAUUCAUAGUCAAGAACAAUAGAUUACUUUCUCCAUACUCCAACUUGCAACGGAGCAUAGUCCAGCUGAAGAGUCAAGACUCAAUUCUUGGUGCUUUUACACUUUCUGAAGAGGCACAGACUGCCUCCUUAGAAGCAUUUUUAAGAAUAUGUGGGGCUGCAGAAAGCAUGUUUUUACUAGUUCAAAAAAAACAGAGUAGCUUCCCGGAAUCACUGGGCAGCCUCACAUAAGUGGCACUUCUUUGCCAAUUCCUUCUGAAACAGUAGUUCACCAGGCAAGAGCCAGCUACAAAGAAGUUGAGUGCAAAUUCUCCCAACUGUCCAAGAGCACCAGUCUCCACUGCUUGAUGCAUCACUGGUCACAUCCGGAAGGAAAGGUCUUAGUACUUAGACCCCAAAACUGCAAGAGAAGGCUAAAGUAUUAAUUACAUGUUGAAAGUAACUCCCUUUAUCAACCCACAUUGGCAUUUUUCAGCCAAUAUGAGCUAGCAGCUUGUUCAACUUCCUGCCAAAAUAAAGGGGAGAAGGCAUAUGAAAUCCCCAAAUUAAUUCAUGCUGGUUUGUUACUUCUCUGUCAUGGUAUUUAGCAACACUUUGGGUAAGCCAAAAUAACUAGAAGCAAUCAAUAAAAAUGGCUUUGUAUUUCCAAGUACCUCAGGAUAACGCUACAAACAACCCUGAAGAUAUUCCUACCUGCCCAAGGUUCCUCCAGCCUGGGUGUAGUAUUUGUUAUAAUCCAAGCGUAGCAGCAGUUGAGCUAAGUCAGAGUUUAUCUGAUGGUUGCGAACGCUAGAGAGAAUCUUGAAGAGAAGUGAUGACUGACGACUGAAUCCCUACAAAUUAGAAGAAGUCAGUUCUGGGCCCUCUCAGAAAGCAAGCAAGCCUUUAAUCUCUGUUUCUGCCCAACCAGUCCUUUAACAGCCUGACGAAAAGAAGCACUGCAUGAGAAGUGAUCCUUGUGGUCCAGGAUGAGGUAAGCUGUGACCCACAAGAACUCCUAGGUGUUAGUUAUCCUAAAGGAGGGAUAGAGACACCAACAAAUACCUGCCUCAUUCUGUUCCAAUAUCUGGCCACAUUCCUCCUCUCUGUGCACACAGAAUUUCCAGCCUAAGUAUGGUUGAUUGAUUAAAAUAAUUACAAGUCCUCAUAUAGAACAUCUCAGCUUACACUCUUGUACUACAACUGUUAAAGCCAAGAUAACUGCUUGGGCAAAUGUUUGCAUGGAAGAACAACAAAUCCACAGAAACACAGAUUCACCUUCACCAAAAUACUGAGUUGUGCAGCUCCCCGUUCAUCUAAUGGGCCCAGAUUCUGACUGACCAGAGAACAAAAACUGUGACAAAGAUCCAGAAUUUCAUUUAAGCAGUGGAAAACCUGCAUGGGAUAAAAAGCACAAGAUAGUAGUUGAAACUGAGUUCAAACACAGGGAAAGCAGUUCUUGGUACCCAAAAAGUUGCAGCAUUCAUAAUCAAGAUGUUGUGAUACUAUAUUUUUUAAUUAGUAAGGAAGAUGUUAAAGUAUCUGUAGCAUUUUUGUAAGGUUUUCUAUCAAGAAAGGGUUUAAACAUUAUGCUGUAUCUCCCCCCUGCCCUUCCCCCCUCCCUCCAACCUUCUGCAGACAUUACUGGGGAAACAGGAUUGGCAUGAGCCGUUCACAUAGGCAGAGUAGUUGAACACUGGCUUUCCUGUCCUACCAGCAGGUCAUUCACUGCAGCUUCAGGAUGAAGAAGGAAGACCAGCAAGAGCUAUGGUUCAAGGCUUUGAUUUCACUGUUCACUAAACUUGGAAUUUUUUUUUGUAUCAGUUGGUCAAGGUAACUUGCAUUCAGGAGUGUUAGGAAAGGCCAAAUGCUUCACAGAUGUAGCUACUGGAACACAUCAAAAUUCCAGACUGGAUAGUUGGUAUUCUGCCAUCUUUAUGCUAUAAUAGUCUCAUAGACUGAGCAAAAAGACACUGUUUCAUUGAAACUAACUUUCUUCGGGAAUGCUUCUGUGAGGUUAAAGCUUUAUAAAAAUACUGCAACAUUAUAACAUAUUUUUUCUUAAAAGAAAAAAGACCCUUAAAAGUCUACUCCAGAACAUCUCAGCUAUCUUUAUUCUCUUGAGUAGAAGGAGGAGAGAGAAUUUUUCCUAGUCUAGUGCAUUUCAGCACAAGUCCCUCAGGAAUACAGUUCCCAGAAUUAUGCUAAUUAGUACUUCUUUAAUAAAAUGGCCUGUGAUAAAAAUAUAGUGAUAAAAUAGUGAACACUGAAAUAAUCUUGAUUUAAAAUUGCCAGGAAUGCAGCAUUCACACUCACCAGCUGUAAAUUUGAUUAAUCUGUUUUGAUUAUCUGUUCCAGUUUAAACCUGCCUUAUUCCUAGAAUUGUAGUCUGUGCUCUGCAGGAGAUUAUCACUGAUCUGUUUUAAAAGAUAUGAUUUGU